CAAUUCGAAUAGGUUUUGAACACUUCGUAGGUUUCUGUCUAUUGACAAAAGUGAAUUAUGUUGCUAAUUAUGCUCCUCAAACUUGAAAACAGGUGCAUCAUGUGUAGAGCUGAGGCACACCAGCUCUUUUCAAGAAAACCAAUAUUUGAUGCCCUUGGGGUUAAACUAUUUGCAGUUCUCCACGAGCACAUAGAGUCAGAGGUAAAGGAUUUCUGGCCCCGAUACUGGGGUGGUAUAGUACUUUUGGAUCGAGGUAGGGAUUUCUUUAAAGCUCUUGGUGGGGGAAAACUGCUCAAGGACAAGUUCAUAUCAGGAUUUUUAUUGAAUCCCCGAGCACUGGCCAAUUACAAGCGUGCAAAGGCCAUAGGAAUCGACAAUAACUUCAAAGGGGAAGGCGAGAUAAAGGGCGGACUCUUUAUAGUAGGGAGUGGAAAAACAGGCAUUGCGUACCAGUUUAUAGAGAGGAACUUUGGUGACUGGGCACCUCUAGCUGAAGUCAUUGAGAUUUGUAAUCAG